AUGGGGCUCAAUAAGUCUGCUUCCACCUUCCAGCUUACUGGCUUCCCAGGCAUGGAGAAGGCACAUCACUGGAUAUUCAUCCCGUUAUUGGCAGCCUACAACUCCAUACUUCUUGGCAAUGGCACUCUUCUCUUUCUCAUCAGGAAUGAUCAUAACCUCCAUGAGCCCAUGUACUAUUUCUUAGCUAUGUUGGCAGCUACAGACCUCGGAGUGACAUUGACCACAAUGCCCACAGUGCUAGGUGUUCUGUGGUUAGAUCACAGGGAGAUUGGCCAUGGAGCCUGCUUCUCUCAGGCCUAUUUUGUCCGUACUCUUUCUGUCAUGGAGUCAGGUGUCUUGCUUGCCAUGGCUUAUGACCGUUUCAUUGCCAUCCGCAACCCCUUAAGAUAUACCUCUAUCCUGACCAACACCCAGGUAAUGAAGAUUGGUGUGGGGGUAUUGACAAGGGCUGGUCUAUCCAUUAUGCCAAUAGUUGUUCGCCUACACUGGUUUCCCUACUGUCGAUCCCAUGUACUCUCCCAUGCUUUCUGUCUACACCAAGAUGUCAUCAAGCUAGCCUGUGCUGACAUCACCUUCAACUGUCUCUAUCCAGUUGUAGUUUUAUUUGCAAUGGUCUUGUUGGACUUUCUCAUCAUCUUUUUCUCCUACAUUUUGAUUCUCAAGACUGUCAGGGGCAUUGGUUCUGGAGGAGAAAGGGCCAAGGCCCUCAACACAUGUGUCUCUCAUAUCUGCUGCAUCCUGGUCUUCUAUGUCACUGUAGUUUGUCUGACAUUUAUUCAUAGGUUUGGAAAGCAUGUUCCUCAUGUCGUUCACAUCACAAUGAGCUACAUCCACUUCCUUUUCCCACCUUUUAUGAACCCAUUUAUCUAUAGCAUUAAAACUAAGCAGAUUCAGAGUGGCAUACUUCACUUAUUCUCUCUGCCUCACUCUAGAGCAUGA